AUGGAUGCUCUUAACAAACUGCGUGGAAGACUGGACAAAAAUCGUGCGACAAACGACCGUGUUAAUCAGAAAACCUCCACUUCUAAAAGUGCCCCUCAGCCCAGAAAGUCAAAUGUUUCACAUCCAGAAAGCUCAGCAGCAAACGCCGUCUCGAAAGGCUCGCUGCCAUGGCCGGUGGAGUUGAAGACAUCACGGUUUCAUCUCAAGGUGCUCGUCUACUCCACCACCUUGGGUCGUCUGGAAAAUAAAACCUCGGGGGUGCCGGCGCGAGACCUGAAUUGCUGGGUCUUUGUCUCAUCUGGUCUAGCCAGCGCUGCAGGGGGUGAGCUGGUUAUGGUCCUCCUAAAGCGAGAGUCGGAAGGUCCCACGGCGUAUCCUCUUGACUUUCUACGCAUUUGCGACCGAUUCUACGGGGAAUCUCAGCGACAUGGCACACAGCUUCGUCGGUGGCAGAUGCUGGAGUUUGAGGAACCUCUGCUUGGUCGUAAAGACUUCCACACAGCCAUCCUAGGCUUUCGAAAUGCGACACUUAUUGGAAUGGAAAUCCAGGAAGCUGAGAAAGUCACCAAGCCAUAUUACCAUGUCAUGCUUUCAACGGACGAAGAAGUUGCUGUUUCCCGUCAACACGGCAUGACGCGCGCAUUUGUCGUUCGACCGGACUCCGCCCCGUUCUUCCCCUGUCCACCGUUUGUCAACCGAGAUAGAGAGUCCGGUAGCACUUUGUCAGGCGCGGAGGGAAGUGCCUCGCUACGCACAUCCUCUAAUCAGCUAACUGCAGAAGGACUCAAUGUGGUUCAGGCGGGAAAGGACAUUUAUCUACUUGUGCCACCUAGUCAUGCAGAGGGCUUCAAGAACUCCAUUCCAUUCAGAAGCACCAUAAGCCAAAGUCCACUGCGCGUUGAGUCUGAGAUGCACGAGGCCUGUGACAGUGUGUACUAUUGGGGAGAUAAGGAUACACACCCAGCGAGGCGGCUAUGCUCCGGACCUCUGGCCGACCAAUUGACUGCAAUGAACUUUUUGAACAUUUGUCCGAACCAGCCCACAGCUACAGUUAUGCCAGUGGAGGACGGAUGUCUAGUGUUUCUGACAGUAGCUCAGUCCAAAGGAUUUUUCACAGCUGCAAUAUCCGGUACUGAAUUCAGCAUGUCCACUGAAACCAUGUCCUUCCAUUUACGUUGGUCUUCGCCUUGGCCUUUGCCAGCUCAGUCAAAGUUGACAGAUAAGGCCAUAUUUUUAUUCACGCCAUCAAAUGCUUCGCUUACUCAAGAGAUAAAGUAUGCGAAGGGCGCCCCUCAUAUUGAGUUAGGGGGACUUAUUUUCCUCCGUCAGCCGUCAGAUGACCGCAGUGUCAAUGUGGAAAAGUUCGCGCAGUUUGUGGAGACUAUUGAUGAGGUGAUCGCGUCAACAGUUCCCAAGACCAAACCUACCUCGUUGCCACAAGGUUGUGGAAUCUGCGUGCAAUUUCAGCUGCCCUUGACAAGCACCUCUCCGUUCAAGUUAGCGGCGACGUCCUCGGCUGCAACCUCCAUCUUACCGAUAAACACCAUUCUGGACAAGCUGGGAAAGUUACCAUGCAUUGACGUUUUUGCCAUUCCGGACGUUAUUGAGAUACAAGUACUGUACUCCUGUUGGGGUUUUCAAAUAUCUCAAUUUGGACCUCCGACAGCCCUGUAG